GCUGGGUAAAGAGUCUCUGGACGUAGGACGAGUAUGGCAGUGACCGGGGACGAGUCAGAAACAGGCUCCAGUGGAGGCGAGCUCCUUGGCAACGACUUACACACCAGCAGCAGCUCCGCCCUCUGCCUCACCCUGGCACACCCCGCCCGCACACCUACGGAGGACGCCUCGCAGAAGAGGGAACAUCGCUUGAUGAAGAACAGGGAAGCCGCCAGGCAGUGUCGUCGGAAGAAGAAGGAGUACGUUAAAUGUCUGGAGAACCGUGUGGCGGUGCUGGAGAAUCAGAACCAGACUCUGAUGGAGGAGCUCAAAGCCGUGAAAGACAUUUACCAACAAAAAGGUUGAAGGAAUGUGUUUCCUUCCAAUGUUGGAAGAUAGGAAGACAAAAGGAGGAACAUUUCCAUUUGUGUCGUGAGCAGUUCUUACACUCAUGUAAACAUUACACGGCCCACUUCCUGUUGGUAAACAGACUCUAUCCAUCCAAAGACAAGGUCCAUGGUCAUGUGACUAAGUUGGACCGAGGGAUGAUGUUCGAAACCGAUUCUCUCGGUUGUUGGAUAAGAAAAGAACCGAUUCCAUGGACUCGAAUCCCUUUUUGAGAACCGGUUCCCGUUAUCGAGGCCACUAUAGUAAAGAAAAAGAGUAGGUUCUGUAUUCGAAUCCCAAUUGGGCAAUGUUAUGCCCAUUUGAUUGUAGACUCUUACUGACACCUUGUGGCGAUAUGAAAAUACUACGCGUCAAUAGUUUGGGCACUUCCGGGUUGGCGACGAGAAGUAGACAAGUUGUGUUAGCUCUUACAAGCCUUGGAAAAGAUAAAGUCUGUAAGUAAACUGUUUAACUUGUUUAUGUAAGUCAAUAUUAAGGUGGAAAGUGGUUAAGUUUGAUAGUAAGAUGUUUAUUGAAAAAACGAUUUUUGUGCACUGUUUCAAUGGAUGUUUUUGAGGACUUAAAAUGGCAAAAUCGAAAUAGUUUCAACACU